GUGACCUCGAUUCUAAAUCCCGCAGGCUGUCCUUUCACUUUAAAAGCGUUUCAAUGAGCAUUCUUUCUCGCACCAGCUUAAUACUGAAGACAUACGUACUUCAUAAAAGAAACCUCAGUUUGUUUCUAGAACGUCGAUUAGUGAGUCGUUCGUCGUCGGUGUUUUUAAGUUUCACUUUCAUAGAUUUCCUCUUUAAAAUGAUCGUGAAGACCCUGGUUUCACAGUUGCUGCUUUUGUUAGUCUUCUACGACCAUGCAACAAGCCUGAUUAUACCAGAAGAGCUUCCGACCAUUCUAAGUUUGAUUUAUUCCAAUAUAUCGCCAAUCAAAAAAGGAACUGAUUCCAGAUUUGGCGUGGGUUUUCGAUUAGGUGAACAUGCGGAUUUUCAAAUUCUUAUUGAACUAGGACCUCAGACCGAGACAGAUCCGAUAGGUACAUCCAACGAUGCCAAAAGGCGACGAGAUGCGAUGAUAAAUGCUGCGAUGAAGGGAGAGCUAGGACCAUUGGCACAAACGGUAGCUAAAUAUCAAAUAAACCGUAAAAUCCAAAAAGAAAUGGAUGAACUCAAAAUAAUAGAGGAGAAGAUUAAAAAGAUUAAAAUGGAGAAUAUAAAGGCUCAUGAUGUAAGUAAGAAAUUUAUACAAAAUGAGCCAAAGAAAAUUUAAAGGGUAAAAAGCUAAGAAACUUUUCAAUUAAUUUUCAUGACAUCAAAAUAUAGAACAUAAUGUGCCAUUUACAUAUCAUCUUAUUAAGUUCAUCAAUAUGAAUUGCGUUGAUUGGCGGAUGGCGAAUGGUGUUGUAGAUUGUGACUGGGCACUGGACAGCCACUAUUGUAUAACCUCAUUAAUGUCAUUUAGUAAACAUGAAAAAUUGAAGUGAUAAACAAUGUGCAUGUUUGUUAUAAAAUCCUAUUACUGCGCCAUAGUUGUUCGUAGAGCGU